AUGGAGAAACAAACGCGAAUGAAAAACACUCUCCAAGUUUGCAUUGAUAAAGUUCACGAUGCGCUCUUCGCCUUAAGCCGAGAUAUAUGGCAUUACUCAGAAGUGGCGCAUAACGAGAGACAGUCUCAUGACAGACUGGUGCGCUUUUUCUCCGAGGAUGGCGCAUGGGGUGUUGACAGUCACUAUAAACUGGCGACAGCUUUCCGGGCCACAUGGGGCCCGGUUGGUGGUGGAGAUGGCGACCGUGUUUUGAAUAUUGGCUUCCUGUGCGAAUAUGACGCAUUGCCAGGCAUCGGGCACGCCUGUGGGCACAACCUUAUCGCAGAAGUAGGCGCUGCAGCUGCAGUGGGAUUAAAAAGUGCAUUAGAAAACGAAUCGGAUUUACCAGUCCGUGUGAAGAUAACUGUUCUGGGAACUCCUGCAGAGGAAGAUGGAGGGGGAAAGAUUGACCUAAUUGAGGCAGGGGUGUUCAAAGACAUGGACCUUGUCUUCAUGGCCCACCCGGCUCAGCAGGAUGUUGCCUUUCUGCCCUGUAUGGCAAUCACAGAUAUGACAGUGAAGUACCGUGGCAAGGCGUCUCAUGCAGCUGCCUACCCAUGGGAGGGAGUGAACGCUUUGGAUGCUGCAGUGCUGGCCUACAACAAUCUCUCUGUCCUCAGACAGCAGCUAAGACCAGACUGGAGACUCCAUGGCAUAAUCAAACAUGGAGGGGUGAAACCCAACAUUAUUCCUGACUACACUGAGUUGGAGGUCUAUCUGCGGACGCCAAUGAUGAAGAAUCUUUCUGACCUCAAAUCCAAAGCUGAGGCUUGCUUCAGGGCAGCUGCUAUGGCAACUGGUUGCCAGGUGAAGAUAACCUACCCAAACCCUGCCUAUUCUAACAUCCUUCCUAACGCUACACUGGCAAACCUAUAUGAAAAAAAUGGGAAGGUCCUAGGAAUUCAGUUUCAAAAGGAGGCAAAUAAUUUCUCUGGUUCGACUGACUUUGGCAAUGUUUCGUUUAUUGUCCCUGGUAUCCAUCCAUUGUUCUACAUCUGCUCUGAUGCAGUGAACCACACUGAAGAAUACACCAAAGCAGCAGGGGCUGAAGAGGCCCAGUUGUACACCCUGAGGACAGCAAAGGCCCUGGCUAUGACAGCUGUCGAUGUGCUGUGCAGCCCUGAUCUGCUGAGGCAAGUGAGAGAGGACUUCAUCCUGGCCAAACUGAAACAGGAGGACAAAUAAAUAAAAAGCAGAGAUGGAGCUUUGCAGCUUCACUAAGAAAAUACUAAAUGAUUUUUAACGAGUACACUAGACAUUAGAUUAGAUUAAGUCAACAGGUAUACUAGACAAUAUUGGCAAGUGGCCAUGUCCCUCUUUUAAAGCUAUUUUUGAACACUUAUGCAUGCAAAGCACAAGUUCAUCAGUAGAUGAGCUGCAAGUAACACCGUCUAAUAAGUGCGCAUGUGCUACUCUAGCUCAUUUUUCUUCUUCUUUCAGCUUUUCCCCUGUUUUUCCAGCUCUUUAUGUUCAGAUAUUUAAAGAAAAAAGCUAAAACAUUGGAGAAUUCUGCCACAUUUUCCAUGGCAGCUGCUACGUAGUUGUUGCCAGGGAGCAUUUAUUUAAAUGACUGUCAUGGUCUGUAGUCGCAACUUUUUUUUUCCACUUCUAAGUGAUUUAUGGAGAUAAAAGCAGGCUCCAGUUAAAUCCAUGUGGCUCAAUCUUUGCAGGAUAAAUAAACAUAUUGCAUGCUUUUGUUUUUUUUGUGUGUGUGUGUGGAAGGCAGAGUUGAAAGCAUAGCAUUUUGCCAUCUGUGUCAUUUCAUGCAAUGUUCUGCGCUCAAGUUGCGUGCAAAUAAAAUGUUGC